AUGCCCAAGGACAAACUUCCAACCACAAUCAAAUCCAACCUCCUCCGAUCAAUCAAACAACAUCUGGAACGACCUAAUCCUGACUUAUCUUCUGAUCAUUCCUUAUCAAAUGAGGUGUUACCCAAGCAAAAGUACAAGUCGCCAUCCACAAUCAGAUCGCGCCUUCUCCGGUCAGUCAAGAAGAAACUUGAGCGCAAACCGACUUCCUUGCCAAACUCUCGAGCCGCGAAAAAAGCCAAACUCACUGAGCACUAUGGACUUCCGGAAGACUCAAAGUUCCUCUUCUUGAAAAAAGGACGUAAAUUUGGUAGGCCUCGUCUGAGUCUUUCUCAUGGGACUGUGGUAUGUCUCGAUGUGGAUACCUCGGAGCUAUUACUAGUUGUCCGAUUUGUCGAGCGUCAGGAAGGAAUCAAUGAUGAAUUGUUCAGAAGUUAUAAUCACUCUAUCAGUACCGUUUAUCAGCACGCCAAAGCUCGGAAUGAAGUUUUAGGGAAUUUUGCUACUUAUCGAGGAAGGAGACAAGGUAACAAGUUCGGACGAAUGUAUGCUGCAGGAUUCCGUCCUGGGUAUGAUCACAUUGUCAAAGGUGGUCAUUAUACCUGGAAUGCAGAAGUAGCAAACGACCUUCGCAAGAUGGAAGCCGACUUGAAAAGACAAGGAAACCUCCCUGCGAUCGAAUCCUUCUUUGCCGAACGAUUCAGCUCACUCUCCUUAUUUGCUUUUGAUUCUAAUGCCACUCUGGCAGCGCAAACAAACGCACCAUCAUGGGGGAAUCAGUCCUUUUAUGUAACUCCCAACUCCAAAGUAUUCGGUUCUAGCAUUGUGGUCACCUGCGACGAGUUUGUCAACAAAAAGCACAAAGAUAGAGAUGCGUCAAAAUAUGCAUUUGGUUUAUUCUCAUUAGUCAAUCGAGCAACUGGUGAACUUUACCAUCGUGGUGUCAAUGCCCCCAGAGGUAAUAAUCUUGGAGCAAGAUUUGUACUCAAUGACUACAACGUUGAUGUGAAUCAUGAUGCAAGUGAUGGAGUUAUCGAAAUGCUAUGGAACUCUCAAAUACAUCAUCAUACAAUUGCAUCCAAGACUUUCAACAAGAACCACGAUCGAAUUCCUGCUGAAUCUGCCGAAAUCACUCGUUUCGGAUGUUCUUGUCAAAUAUCGCAGUCCUUAGUUGAUCGACUCAAUACAGUCAAAUCACUGCAAUCGACAAUGUCUGAAGAAGAUUGGCUCUCUUACGAAUCUUCUGUCUUUACGGGUUAUAAAGAGCAAGCUCACCAAAAAAUGAAAGCACUUGCAAUCAAGUAUGGGAUCUGGCAAGAAGACUUUUAG